AUGACGAUGUCGAGGGCGGCGGCGGUCGUCCUCCUGCUGGCGGUCGCGCUCGUGUCCACGACGACGACCGUGGCGGCGGCGAGUCACCACAGCCACCACCACCACCACCACGACGGGUUUGCGGAGGUGUUCGACAGGCAGGAGGCGGACCUGGUGGAGGCGCUGCCGGGGCAGCCGGCGGGGCUGGGCGUCCGGCAGUUCGCCGGGUACGUGACGGUGAACGAGACGCACGGCCGCGCCCUCUUCUACUGGUUCUUCGAGGCCACCCACGACGUCGCCAAGAAGCCGCUCGUCCUCUGGCUCAACGGAGGGCCCGGAUGCUCGUCGCUUGGGUACGGAGCGCUGGAGGAGAUUGGCCCCUUGCUUAUCCAGAAGGGCACCCCUGAGCUCCGGCUCAACCCCAACGCAUGGAACAAAGAGGCAAAUCUGCUCUUCUUGGAGCAGCCUGCUGGCGUCGGAUUCUCCUACACGAACACCACCGCCGAUCUCGAGAGAUUCGGCGACGAGCUCGCUACUCAUGACGCGUACACGUUCCUCGUCAACUGGUUCGAGAGGUUCCCGCAGUUCAAGGGCCACGAUUUCUACAUCGCCGGAGAGAGCUAUGCCGGGCACUACGUCCCCAAUCUCGCCGAGAAGAUCGUGGAGCAGAACAAGAAGGUGCACAAGAGCAGGCGCAUCAAUUUCAAGGGAUUCAUGAUCGGCAACGCGGCGAUUGACGAGGCGUCGGACGACCGCGGCAUGCUGGACUACGCGUGGGACCACGCCGUCAUCUCCGACGAGCUCUACGACGACAUCAACAAGCACUGCAGGUUCGACCAGGCCGGCAACAGCAGCGACUUCUCCUCGACGGGCCACAACCCCGCCAGCAACCCCGCCUGCGACCGCGCCUUGAACGGCUUCUACGGGGCCUUCGACCACAUCGACCUCUACAGCCUCUACACCCCCGCCUGCACCGCCAACCCCGCCGGCACGGCGGGCCAGCUGCCGCGCCGCCUCCACCGGUCCGACAACGGCAGGCCCCUGCGGCCGCGCUACAACAGCUACGACCCGUGCCUGGACAACUACGCCGCCGCGUACCUGAACCGCCGGGACGUGCAGCACGCGCUGCACGCCAACGCCACCGGGAGCAUCCCCUACGCCUGGUCCGCGUGCAGCGACCCGCUGUUCCAGCACUGGCAGGACUCGCCGGCGUCCACGCUGCCGGUGAUCAAGAGGAUGGUCGACGCCGGCCUCCGCGUGUGGGUGUACAGCGGCGACACGGACGGCCGCGUGCCCGUUUCGUCCACCCGCCACGCGCUGCGCAAGCUCGGCCUCAGGACCCUCAAGCAGUGGAGGGCGUGGUUCACCAGCGACCAGGUCGGCGGCUUCCAGGUGGACUACGACGGCCUCACCUUCGUCACCGUCCGCGGCGCCGGCCACAUGGUGCCCACCGUCACCCCCGUGCAGGCCAGCCAGCUCUUCGCGCACUUCCUCGCCGCCAAGGAGUUGCCGCCCAAACCCAUCGUCGCUUAA